CGGAGGAUUCCAGUUGUUACAGCCAGGAUGAGCCGUGCAUCGAAAAGUGGUCUCGCAGCUGACAUUGAGCGAAAACUUGAACAUCAAUAUGAUGCAACAGAAGCACGAGGUACCCCAGAUGCCGUCAGAAUGUGGAUUCUAGCUACUCUGGGGGAGAAAAGCGAUGUUGUUAAAAAUGAUUUCAAAUCCAUAGCUGCAUAUUUGAAAGACGGCACUGUCCUUUGCAGGUUCAUCAACGUACUGUUGAAGUCUGACGGAAAAGCUCCAGUAGGCUUCCAGAAGAAGUGUGCAUCUCCUUUUGUAGCUAUGACAAACAUCGAGAAUUUCAACAAAGGUGCUACAGAUUAUGGUUUAGGCAAAGAAGCUCUUUUCCAAACAACAGAUUUAUACGAGAGUCGAAAAGGACCCUUCCUCAACGUCAUCAACUGUCUCCAUAGCUUGGGAAGCUUGGCCAAUGGCAAAGAUUUUGAAGUAAAAUACACAGGAGUCGAUGAACCAACCUUGGACAGAGAUUAGAUAGAUCACACCUUUUUUUUAUUCUUCUACCGCCUAUCUUUGUAUAGAUAUUAGACUUAGCCAGUACCCACGACGGAGUCCACUCGAUGUUCGACAGUGCAUAUUCCACAGUUUCCCGUGUUGGAUCCACUGUUAAUAUACUCAACAACAUCUUUUACAAUAACUCCAAGUAGUGUACCAGAAUCCACUUUAAAGCUACUUUUUUUUUUUAAAUUUAUAUUACUUAUAUCCACUAUAUUAUCUAUUCCUUUUCACAGACUACCCUUUAUAAUCGUCAGCGAUAUCUUUUUUAUUUUUAUUAUCAAAUUAAUAUUUAUUUAUUGCUUACGUUUUUUUUAGUUUUUUUUUAAUUUAUAUCAUACACAAUAAGGGAGAUAAAUAAUAAUAAACAUAUAUAUUCUUUAUUUAAUUGCAUCUGUCAUAUGUCCUUGCUAUAUGUAGCCGGGCUGGUAAAAGACAUACAACACUGUGUACUUCUUAAUAAAUGUUAUUCAGUUA